AUGUCGUAUCCUGUCUACCUCAUCGUCUCUGGCGGUCUCCCCCGCAACCACCACGCCAUCUUUGUCGAGACCAAUGAAUCCGGCGAAAAGACUGGCCAUUUAUUCCAGGUUACAGGAAAUAUACAGAACGGCAUGUCCUUCGAGCAGAGACCCGAAAACGAACCUGAAAGCUCAGCCUCGUUCAUUAGCAAGCGAGGGAUUGGCACUGUUACGCAUGCCAGUUACAGUCGAAUCCAGAGUAUAUGCGAAAGUAUUCCGCCUCCCAAAAAGCAGUUCGAAGGCGCAAAGAGGCUAUCUCCCCUGGAGCCAAUUCGUCGAUGUCAAGAAUGGACUGGUGAAGCCAUAAAUGCCCCUAACCCAAAGGAUGCUGGUCCGGUUUCUUCUCGCUGCGCAGUCUAUCAAGCACUGUCAGCACGGUUGGACUUGUAUAGUACAUAUCAAAAUUACCUUCCCGCGGCGGAGAAACUUUGCAUUGGCACAACUAACGAGCUCUUGUCGACAAGAGGAUAA